AUGGCAGAAACCUUCUUCACACCCGAAACCACGUCCGUACUUGCAGAGAUCCUCGAACCCCAAUACAACGGCUCAGUCGGGCGCUCCGCAGCAUGGGCAGAUGCGUAUGCGCACACCAGCGAAGGCCACUUCUCGUACCAGUGGCACUGGAUAGACACACACGAUCGUCAACCUGAGAACUGCAGUCUAGACUAUGCGCGGGACUGCGCAAAGGGCGGAUGCGUUGUUAGUGCUAUUGCGAACCAGACGAGGAUACUACGGGAGUGCAUAGACCAACAAAAAGAUGUGCUAACAAACAAGGUCUGGGAUGGCUACAUACCCUACUUCGCGGCAAACGUCGACCAUCCCUUCUCGCACGAGUCUAUCGAUCCAUUUUUCUCUGGGCUCGUCUCUCGUAUUCGCAAAGAUCAGUUCUACUCUGCGCCGUACAUGUGGCUCUCCUGCACAGACCCUUCUUCACCCGAGGAAUGCGCAACAAGUUGGGCGAAGGAGAGCAACAAAUGGGAUUGCGACUACGUGUGGAGUCGCGUAACGAACGACACAGAUCUUGGGACUAACGGGUAUGCUGCAGGCGCUGUGCCCAUCGUAGAGUUGCAGAUAAGCAAGGCUGCGCUCAGACUGGGUACAUGGCUGAACAACUUGGUCGAAGGGGCCAAACCUACUGUGGAAGAAGAGGAAAUGAUGGAGCUUUGA